UGAUAAUUUUGGCGCAAAACGAACAUAUAUUCAAGAAUCCACCAACGUUACGUUACUUUCAAACAAGGCAAACAAAACCCGGCUGAUUCACUCUCACUUCUACCAAGAAAAAAGUUCACACAAUUACAAGAUUAGCUUCAAAUUCCAAGACCACUCCUCACUUCUCCUCCUUCACAUUUUCCCCUACUCCCCAAAAAAAAAAAAAAAAAAAAAAACCUCAUUUUCUCUCUCCUCGCGCCAUAAAUGGCGUCUUCUUACCUGCGCAACCAUCUCACCAUAGCAAGAUCACCGAACGAUUCAACUCACGGAAUUCUCCAAACUGGGCAAUCCACUCAAAUCGCCGUCAAAAGUCGGAGAAGAAGAACCAAUAUUCGCGAUUUCCGAAUUUCUGCUUCGAAUGGAAGUAGUAGUAAUGGCGAUUCUUACCUUAAUAUGUGGAAGAAAGCUGUGAAGCGAGAACAAAAGGAGAUUGAGUUUCAGAAAAUUGCUCAGAAUUUGCCUGCAAUCGAUGAGGAGAAUCCUGAGGUCUUGGAGAGGAAGAGCUUUGAAUUCCAGAAGAUUUUGGAAGUUUCUAAGGAGGAGAGAGAUAAAGUGCAGCGGAUGCAGGUUAUUGAUCGUGCUGCGGCCGCCAUUGCUGCUGCGCGUGCUCUUCUUAAGGAUAAGAAAGUGAACACUCUCGCGAAUGCCGCGAGUUUGGCGAGUUCUAGGGUUCAGGCUGAUAGUAAUAGAGUUUCGAGCUUGGAGAUUGAAGACGGAGCAGGAACAGAUAGUAGAAACCUUUACAAGCAUCAGCCAAGAAUUUAUGGAGAAGGACCACCUGGUCCAGACUUUUGGUCUUGGACACCCCCACCAGAGGAUGAUUCGAUUCAAAGUGAUGUCAGUAACGCAGAGAGAGCUCCAAAGACCUCUGUGAAUCUAUGUCCAUCAAAUGAGGUGAUGGAGAAAGAGAGGGCUGCAGAAAUUCUGUCAAUACCGUUGGAGAGCACAUACUUAGAAAGAAACCUUCUCCCACCUUUUCAAUCAUUGAUGGAUGUGCACAACGUAGUAGCUCCUGAAACUACUCAAGACGUCCCUGUAACGAAAGAGGAAAUUGGCUCUCAAUUCUCAGCUCAUGCAGCAGAAGCAGCUCAAGCUUUACAUGAGGUAGAAGGAAAACCAUCUUAUGGGGUAAAUCGUGAUGGAUCAAGGUGGUGGAAGGAGACAGGAGUAGAAAGAAGGCCUGAUGGUGUUGUGUGCCGAUGGACGUUGAACAGAGGUGUGACUGCUGAUGGGGUUGUAGAAUGGGAAGAGAAAUACUGGGAAGCAGCAGAUGAAUUUGAAUACAAGGAACUUGGGUCAGAGAAGUCUGGACGUGAUGCCAUGGGAAACGUUUGGCAUGAGUAUUGGAAGGAAACAAUGUGGCAGGAGCAUGGGCUUUUACAUAUGGAGAAAACUGCAGAUAAGUGGGGAAAGAACGCAAAGGGUGAUGAGUGGCAAGAGAAGUGGUUGGAGCUUUACGAUGCCACUGGAAAAGCUGAGAAGUGGGCACAUAAGUGGUGUAGCAUUGAUCCCACCACUCAACUACAGGCUGGCCAUGCUCAUGUUUGGCAUGAGAGGUGGGGAGAAAACUACGACGGUCAAGGUGCAAGUAUAAAGUAUACUGAUAGAUGGGCGGAGCGUUAUGAAGGAGAUGAUUGGGUAAAAUGGGGUGAUAAAUGGGAUGAAAACUUUGAUCUAAAUGGUCAUGGGGUGAAGCAGGGGGAGACCUGGUGGCAAGGUAAGUGUGGGGAUCAGUGGAACCGUACAUGGGGUGAGAAACAUAAUGGCUCUGGAUGGUUGCACAAGUAUGGCAAAAGCAGCAACGGGGAGCAUUGGGAUACUCAUGUGCAGGAAGGUACGUGGUAUGAGAGGUUUCCACACUUCGGCUUUAUGCAUUGCUUUGAAAAUUCUCCCCAGCUAAGGGAAGUUACAAAACCAUCAGAGACAUGAUAAAUUAUGGUGCGAAUAAUUCUCCUAUACUAAGAUGUAAAUAUUACAUAAGUGCUAUUUUCCGUAUAGAAUGAUAUGGUCAAAUCAAAGAUUGUAUUGGUUGUCUGCAAAUGCAGAGUGUUGUAUCGGAUAGGUUUUAUAUCCCUAUAAAUCAUGUAUUGUACUUUGUGUUCCAUGUUGACAUGAAUUGUCUUAAUAAUUAAUCACUCUUCGAGAUGUA